GUGCGCGUCCCCUGCAGCGGAAGUGACAGUGGGCAGAGGCGGAGUGAACCGGCAGAGAGACACGGUACCGGGGGGAGAAGAGUGGCCGGUGGACGGGUCCACGGACUGAACCUUAGCGCCAGGUCAUUUUGACUUCACGCUUUUGUUGUGGACAGAACGGAGAGGACCCCGGGUUGUAGCUGUCCGCUGCGCUGCCUGCUGCCCUGUGACCUCGGCCUGAGAGGAGUGUGAGAUCGUGGCGUGUGAAGCGGUGCUCCUCCCUAUGUGUGUGACAAUGGGGGACAUCAGUGACCUGGACCGGCAGAUAGAGCAGCUCCGACGCUGCGAGCUCAUCAAGGAGAAUGAAGUCAAAGCGCUGUGUGCCAAAGCGAGAGAGAUCCUGGUGGAAGAAAGUAACGUCCAGAGAGUAGACUCUCCUGUCACGGUGUGUGGCGAUAUUCACGGUCAGUUCUAUGACCUGAAGGAGCUCUUCAGAGUUGGAGGAGACGUCCCAGAGACCAAUUAUCUCUUUAUGGGCGACUUUGUGGACCGAGGCUUCUACAGCGUGGAGACCUUUCUGCUGCUGCUAGCUCUGAAGGUCCGUUAUCCCGACAGGAUCACUCUGAUCCGGGGGAACCACGAGUCCCGGCAGAUCACCCAGGUGUACGGCUUCUACGACGAGUGUCUCCGGAAGUACGGCUCGGUCACCGUGUGGAGAUACUGCACCGAGAUCUUCGACUACCUGUCGCUGUCGGCCAUCAUCGACGGGAAGAUCUUCUGUGUGCACGGCGGCCUGUCCCCCUCCAUCCAGACUCUGGACCAGAUCCGGACCAUCGACAGGAAGCAGGAGGUUCCCCACGACGGGCCCAUGUGUGACCUGCUGUGGUCCGACCCCGAAGACACCACCGGGUGGGGCGUGAGCCCCCGGGGAGCCGGGUACCUGUUCGGGAGCGACGUGGUGGCGCAGUUCAACGCCGCCAACGACAUCCACAUGAUCUGCCGGGCCCACCAGCUGGUCAUGGAGGGCUACAAGUGGCACUUCAACGAGACCGUGCUCACCGUGUGGUCGGCACCCAACUACUGCUACAGGUGUGGGAACGUGGCGGCCAUCUUGGAGCUGGAUGAGCAUCUACAGCGGGAGUUCAUCAUAUUUGAGGCGGCGCCACAGGAAACCAGAGGCAUCCCCUCCAAGAAGCCUGUAGCUGACUACUUCCUGUGAAGCCCCGCCCCCUGCCCUGCCCCGCCCCCCCGCCGGCCCACACCUCGUCAGUCGAACUCACUGCAGUCAGUCUGGAUUUCCGUUUCCACUGCUGAGCUGGCAGAGUGGAGUCAGGGAGGAGGGGGCGGGGCAACGCCGGGCCCAGCGCAGUCCUCCAAGUUGGCCGAACUCUCUCUCCCCACAGCCUCCGUGGCCCCACCCCCCCACCCCCCACCCCGUAGAUACAGCUGUCCCAUCUCCACCACACGUCCUCUUCUCUCCAUGAUAAACAUGAGCUGCAGAGGCGUCCUGAUGGCGUCUCUCCUGACCUCCAUGUCUGCCGCUGUAGAAAUGUUCUCUAUCAUUUAAGGAAUUCCGUCAACACCUACCUUGUUUUUGAUUUUUGUAUAAUUGUUUCUGCCAGAGCUGAAUGCAUAGAGCCUGUCCUGCAGCUCUGCUUGCCUCCAUCUUGACCCUGGCGGCAGCUCCUCACCGCUCCUGCUCGCUUCUCACCGGCUCUCGCUCCCAAUUCCUUUUAAUCUAACAAUCUGUUGCUGUCAAUUUUGAUAUUGUGGGAAUAAAGUUUUUGUAUCGAU